AUGAAUAGCCUCAUCCCUGGAAUGAUUUCUCUCAACCAAACAACUUUUAUUAAGGGAAGAAGCAUCGUUGACAACACACUUCUAGCUCAGGAAGUGGUUAAAGGCUACGGAAGGAAGAACAUAUCCCCUCGAUGCACUAUGAAAAUUGACAUUCAAAAGGCAUUUGACACUCUUCAUUGGAACUUCAUUACUACUGUCUUGAAAUCUCUAGGCCUUCCUCAAUUAUUCAUUGGCUGGAUUGAAGCAUGCUUCACUGAGGCAAGAUUCUCAAUUUCUUUCAAUGGGACUCUGAUAGGAUUUUUCAAAGGAGAAAGAAGUAUCAGAUACCUCGGAAUUCCACUUAUUACAAGAAAGCUUACAGUGAAAGAUUGUGAUAACCUUAUAGAAAGCAUUAAGUCAAGGAUAAACCUGUGGUCUGGAAAAUUAUUGAGUUUUGCUGGCAAACUAGAGCUCAUAAAAUCUGGCAUGUUCAACAUUUCAAACUACUGGUGCAGACAACUCCUCCUACCCCAGGCUAUUAUCAACAAGAUCGAACAGCUAUGCUCUCGCUUCUUCUGGAAAGGAUCCGAUUCAGCUGCUAAAGGAGCGAGAAUCAGCUGGGCAAAAAUCUGCACAUUGAAAUCCGAGGGAGGCCUGGGACUGAAGAAUUUAAAAACAUGGAAUCAAGCAUGCAUGAUAAAACUCAUCAAGAAUAUCCUUCCAGGAGAAGGAACGUUAUGGGUGGCAUGGAUCAAGAAAUAUGUCCUAAAGGAAAAUAAUUUCUGGCAGAUCGAAAAACGCUCCAUUUUCAGCUGGAGUUUCAUCAAACUUCUCAAGCUAAGAGCUGUAGCUUUACUUGCAAUAUCGAAUAGGACUAUCACAAUAAGGGAAAUAUGGCAUGAAAUUAGGACUAAUGGGGACAAAGUUCGUUGGCAUUCCUUGAUUUGGUUUCCUCUUCAUAUCCCUAAACUCAGUAUGAUAGCAUGGAUGGCUUUACUCAAACGUCUCCCAACUAGGGACCGACUAUAA